AUGGCGUCAAGGUCGGCCCCGAGAGGCGCAGCACAGCGAAAAUUAGUCACGUAUAGCAAAGGCUCACGCGACCGAAAAGAAAAAAAUGCUGGCACAACAGCCGACUCGACCCAGGUCGCCUCGAGCCUCUACGACUUUCCCGAUUCCGAUGAUGCUCCGUCUUCGCCGCCGCGCUCAAAGGCAACACCAGCAGGGAGCAAGACUCCAAGGCCGCAGCCGCUCGACAAACAGACGGACCCUGGGUCCGAAUCCGAUAUGGACUACGAUGGAAAUGCGGUCGAGGGUGAUUCAGAUAUAAAAGCCCCCUCGGCCUCCCAAACGGCGUUACUUACCCCACGAUCGAAGCGUGCAGCACUGGUCGAUCGCGAAUUCUGGGCCCGGCCAGCCCAUAAUCAAGCUAGGAUGUCGGCGAGCAAGAAGGUCCGACAGACAUACAGCCAAAUGCGGAGCAUACGAAGCGAUGCGCAACCAGAGGGCGACAUUCUUGCACUGUCUGGCGAUCCCAACAAUGACCCUCUUCUUUCCAGCCCGUCUAGGCCCAACCCAGGAUCCUUCGCCGCUCCAGCCGAUGAGUUUGAUUUUGACAACUCCGACGAAGACCAAGCGGUCACAAUUAAAAGCGUCCAUGAACUUCGCCGUGCUGGUGCAAACAACAGAUUUGCCGACGAGAUGGAGGAUUUGCUCUCAAGGAUUGGGACGCCCAGGCAACCCGCUUCUUUGAGGAGAAACGCAUUGCUAGAAUUAGCCCAAAAGCUACAGCGACAGGAGUUCUCCCUACAAUUCAGAGACCACUCCGCCCGUGACACCAUUGCCAAGAAUAUUGGCGACGAGGAAGACAUAAUCAGCGGGUUUGCCAUGGCUGCGAGCCUUGUGGUAUUCCUUUCGUCCAACAAUGCACCGAACCUGCUGCAACAGCUCGUGGAAGAGAAAAUAGGCGAGCUACUUGGACGGCUCCUGCGCGUCUCGGAAGACGUGGUUUCUAUUGCCGGGCAAAGAAAGACGAACUUGUCCAAGACUGGAAGAGGGACUGUGGCUGGUGUCAAAGCGUAUCUGCAACGCAUGAACAUCUGGCAUGGGUAUGAACCAAGGGAGCUCUCUCCGCGCAGCAUCGCACUCCAGUUGCACCAUAUUCUGCAACGCAACUUGGAGGUCCGCUUGCGUAGCGAUAUGAUCAAGAAUCUGGAGGACGGUUUUGCUUCCAUCGCCGAAGAUCAAGCACAACGCGUAUCGCCAGAUGCUAGUCUUACGCCACUGGUUGUAUUGAUUAUGGAGGCUGAGCGGGGAGCUGCCAUAACAGUCCUCACAUCUAAUCAGUUACAUCGUCGAGCAUCAAAUAUUGCUCUCUUCCUCAAGAAUGCACUCGCCAUGUGGCCUGAUAACCGUGGCGAUAUGCAGUCGGCGACACUGAAAUUGGCGAUUGAUACGACGAACGCCGAAGUGGGGGCGGAAGCCUUUAGUAGCCAAUCUCUACUAGCAGGCAUUGCACGAGCAGCUCGUCUUGGUUUAGACGAGGUUCAAAAAGCAACCCAACGUCAAGCCUUUGACACGAGCAUAGCACUCUCCACGUGCUCGAACGUCUAUGGAUUCGGCAUCUAUGGAGCAGCUGGCUGA